ACCAAUGUGGCAUAUCGGUACGGUAGUAGUAUCUAUCUAGUCUGUGCCCUAUGGUUGUCGAGUCUAGCUUGCUACAUUUAUAGUGAUCUGUGGUCGAGUCCUGGCAAUACUUUUCUGUGCACGACACGGCCGUUGAGUGAAUGUUGUCUGCGUUUGCGAAACAAUUAUUUAUUUUGAGAAUUGCUCCAAAUUUUCUGUAUAUAUUUGUGUCCCAAUAGAAUUAUGUCCGAAUGUUAUUUUUUGUGACUAGUUCAUAACUUUUUGUGAAUUAACAUCUGCGCCAUGUUUUUCGACGACGAAGAUGAGCGAUUUAUGAAUCCUGAAAUUCUUCAUGUUGUGCAUCGAGAACUUUAUGCUAUUACCUCGAAUUUAGAAAUUUCGCCGUACUACGGGUUGAGAAAUGUACCCACCCAUACAGAAGAUGGUAUACCAAUCAGAAAAUUGUAUGUAUCCAAUCUACCACCCAAGACUACACGUGCAGAGCUGUUCAAUGUUUUUGCUCAGUAUGGUUUUAUCAAAAGUUGUUGGUUGAGAAUGGGUGACAAAGGUCCUAAUAAAACUCCAACACCUACCUAUGCAUUUGUCACAUUUGGCAACCCAGCUGAUGCUCACAAGGCACUUCAAGCUCCUAACCAUGAGAAGAUGCUGCGAGGCCGUAACUUGAGGAUAUCACCAGCUGACAGUUGGCACCAGCCUGCCGAGGAUGCCGAUGGACGAGUGCGCUGGAAGCCUCGUGGUCAGCGUCACGAUGGAGAAAUUCCCUUACCUGCUUCCAAUGGCAUUGAUCCUCAAGAUGGACCUUCUGCUACCUCCUCUUCAGAAAAUGAUGAAGUAAAUGUUCCAGAGGAAAAUUUUGUUAAAGUAGAAGGGGGUUCUUCAGAAACUGAAGAUCCAUAUAACAUAUUGGACAUUCUAAACAGGGACUGUAUGACUCACAUUUUAUCAUUCAUUCCUAUCAAAGAUCUAAUAAGAUCAGAAAGAGUCAGCAAGUCUUGGCAAAAUAUGAUACAAGAGUACCUUCAGAGCAUCCGUACAUUUAAGACUUCGUGGUGGGUGCACGAGCAAUCGCGGCUCACUACGGCAGUGUUGAGGCGGGUGCUGCAACGACUCGGCUCGUCCCUGCUGCGUUUGCAUAUAGACCACCAGCUGUCCGCUCUCAAUGACCGCACGGCCCACACUAUCGGCAAGUUCUGCCCGAAUCUUGAGGAACUUAAGGUUGUUGGUAUGUAUACAAAAAACUGGAACCCUCUGCUUUAUGGAUGUAAGCAACUUAAGAACCUCGCCUUUGUCUCCUGUAAUAAACUUACAGAUUCCAGCCUAGUUCAUCUUGUAAAAAAUGAUUCCUGCAUCGAAGUACUGACGGUAGCGAACAAUACGCACGUCACUGGGCUCUUCCUCACGGGAUCGAAUACGACAAAAUUACAUUCUCUUUCAUUCUACAACUGCUACAGCUUACAAGGAACUGUACUCUGCGCUGCGAUAGACACUAUACCCAAUUUGACAACCUUAAAGUUGGACGUCUGCCCCGUCGCUAUGUGGAAGAUCAUUCCAAUGAUUUUGAAUAAAGUCCCGAAUCUGGAAGAACUAUCUCUUAGUGAAUACACAUCUCACGACGGCCUUUCAGCUCAAAACAGCGAUGCCUUCUGUGAAUCACUAGGACAACUAAAAGAAUUAAAAGUACUGAAUCUAAGUAGAAAUAUUCAUAUAAACAAUGCUGUGCUGAAGAAAAUUAGUCAAACAUGCACCAAAUUGGAGUCACUGAAUAUAUCCAGCUGUAACUCCAUAAGGAAUUUCUCUAGUCCAGGCGUUGGUGACGAGGGCGUGCGCGCAGUGUGCGGCGGGUGCUGCAUGCUGCAGACGCUGGACCUGUCCUACCUGGGCGCGCUCACCGACGCUGGCCUGCGCGCCGCCGCCCGCCUGCCGCGCCUGCGCCGGCUCGUGGCGCGCGGCAGCGACGCGCUCUCCUCCGCGCCGCUCGCGCACGUGCUGCGCGCCUGCCACCAGCUCGAGGAGGUGGACGCGUGCGGGUGCGACAACGUGUGCUCGAACGUGGUCGAGGCGGCCGUGGAGGCGCUGGAGGCGAGACCGCGCGCGUUGCGGUUGCGGCUGGGAGGCACAGCGGCCGCGUGCGACUGCAGCGAAGACGAGCCGCAGGAAAAUCAGAAGCACAAAUUGUUGACGGUUAACAUAGAAGAGGAUCUCAGCAACCCCAAUCUGAGACCGGACUUCGUGGAUCAGAUGUUUGACUACAGCUCUGAGGACUCGCUGGACGAUCUGUACGACCACGACCUUUAUGACCACGACCUAUACGAGGACUUCGAUGAUUUCCUUGGCCCAGCAGAUGAAUUACUCCUGGAUCACGACGACGACGACGAAUUGAAUGGAUUGUACGCGUAUGGCAUCCACGCGGCUGAUAUCAUCCUGCUAUAGGUCUUAUAUCAAACUCGACCACUCAGCAGCGUUACUCUUCUCAUAUGAAAGAAAUACCUACUAUGUUAUACGUCCCCUAAAAUAUUACCACAUUAUAAAGAAGAUUUUCGGUUCUGUUCAGUGAGUUAUGUUGUAAUUUUUACAAGAGAUUUAUAAGAAAAAGUUAUCGCAACCAGAAUCAGUUAACUUGAAUUCCACUUGUUUUUCAUUUGUGUGUGCUGCAUGACUAAUUAAUACUUUGAGAAUGUUAUGUACAUUGGUAAAGGGUGAAUUUAUAUUAGUUUUUGUUAUCCUGCAAACUUUUAAAAGAAAGUUAUGUAUUACAACUUCAAUUAAAUGGUAUUUAUCUGUGAUUCAACAAUUACUUUCAAUUGGCCAAAUUCGGUCUUAAUCUAGUUUACAGCUUUUCGUAUAAUGUCUCAUUGUAUUGUAACUAUAAGUAAAGUCUGAAGUAUUGUGAUAGAAAUAAAUUAUUUAUGUACCUAACUUUUUUCUGUGUUUAUUUUGUACAUGUAAAAUUAAAUUGAAUGUAGAUUAACGUCUCUCAUACCUCCCUCUCACGUACCACUCAGUUGUUAAAUUUUUAAAUAUUGUAACUGCAUUGCGUUUUUUGUAUAAUUAAGUAAACUUGCUUUUUUUGUUAGAUAACCGAAUGGUACAAUGGGGCGUGCUUAUAAACUGUCAUUAGUAUAUUACUCCCAGUUCAUAAAAUAUAUCAAAUUUGUGCUUCUCGAUAAAUAAGGUUGUUAAUAUUGAUGUAUGUAGAUUAAUGCUUAUGAACAGACUUGCAUAAUAAAUGUUAUUUGUAAUAUCAACACAAUCUCUACCUCACAGCGAAUUUGCUGCAUACAAAUUGAAGUGCACUUCUUAUGUUUAACAGUGGGCUUAAUUCAUAUCAUAUUUAAAAAACUUCAGUGCUCAAAUUUUCUAUAGAGGGUAAAAUAAUAUAAAUCUCUAAUUUGAACAUCGAGCAGUUACAUGCUUAACAAACAAAAAUUAUAACUAAAUCUUUAAUGUCAAUAUUUUAAUUAAUAUCCUUUUUGAUUUUGUUAGGUUGUUAGAGAUCUUUCCCAUCUUAAGAUAAAUAUGUUGUUUUUUAUACAUUUAUAAAUAUUGAAUUUUUCUGCAUACAUUCAGAUUUUUUAUUGAAAACCCUCUUAUUUUUAUAUUGUAUUUUUAUUUUAUUUAUUAAUAAAAAUACAAUAAAUACCCUUUGUGCUUUAAAAAAAAGGGACCUACCAUUCUCUAGCUAAAUUUGUUUAAGGCUUAUGUUUAAUUGAUCCUCAAAAAGAUAGUGAAUCAUCACUCUAUGGGCAACCUAACCUUUAGGUUUUCAGUUGUUUUUUUUUUGGGAGAUCUCUAUUUUUUUCCUUUGUUAAAUAUAAUAUCGAGUCAAGCCCUCUGUUGAGUUUUAGUUUGUCGUAAACAGGAGUUCCUUAUCGAUACCGGCUACAUGUCUAAGUUAUACAAAGGUUGCCAGCUAAAUAUACACAUAAUAAUGUUUUUCAUUAUCUGUUAUGAUCAUUGCAAUGUAUUUUUAUAGUACAUAUAAAAAUAUCCACUACAAAGCAGUGUAAUGGCCUAUGCCUUACAAGCCAGGCUUUAUUAUUAAGAAUUUCCUACUGCUGGCAUAGAUAAACUUAUUGUCUUGUGGAGGUGAAAUUGAUUUUUGUUUACUAAAUUUGUUAACUAAUACAGUUGCGUGGAGUUCGUUUUUUUUUAUUUAGACAAGAUCUAUUCAGUUUAGAAUCCUUUUUCUGCAAUUUUAUUAUAAUACUGUACCUUUAUUAUAUUUCCUUUUAUUAAGCAACAAUGAAUUGUAAUCAAAGUACUGAUUUUUAUUUCAUUUAUAUUGAAGGAUGAUUCUGUUUUUAUCCUAAAAAUCAAUAGUUUUAUAUUUUUUAAGGUUUUUAAAUGCAAAUAAAAAACUUAAUUUACUUGAGUGAGAAGAAAGUAUUUUGUUGGUCAAGCAAACUUGUUAUAAAUUAAUUUACAAAUCUAAAACGUUUUACUAAAGUAACAAAGAAGGAGUUUUUGUAUUUUGUUAUUUUUAUUUGAUUAUAGUAAAUCUAGCAUGUAAUUUUAACGACUUUUUUGUUGAAUUUAAAUGUCAUUAUUUUGAUUGCUGAAUUCUCAUUCAGUAAAGUAAAGUGAAGUGUAAAUUAUUCAUUUCCAUACUUCGAUCAACAAUACUAAAGAUAACGGGUCAGCGCGUAAAUUCCGUCUCGGUAAAUAUAGCCUCACUUGAGGCGUGAGAUCUUAUUUUUAAUUAGUUCGGUUAUUACACAGCUAAUGUAAACACGCAUCACGCUGACACAUUGUGCAUUCAAAAGUUGCAAAUUUAACUAACAAAUAAGCAAUGUUUCUGUCGGAGUAUCUUACUUUCAGUAAGUACAUGUUAAAUACACUAUAUUUUAUGCUUUACAUUAAGAAGCAAUGUCAUAUUUCUAAUAAAAUCACAAUAUUCAAACCGCCUGCUAAGACUGUUUGACAAUAUUGGUCCAACUUUUUUCCAACAACCAUUUCGUAGUGACUAAAAGAAUCGAUGUAAAAACGAAGUAACUUGCUGGCCAAUGACUGGUAAAAACACUUUAUUUUGUGGGUCAUUAGGUUGAUUUCACAUUUUAUUUUUCUCACCUUUAUCGUUUUUUUUUUCAAGUAUCAGAUAUAAUUUAUUGUCUUGUUCGUUUUAUAAGAUCGUUUGAUUCCUUUGUGACAUGGUUGUUAUUAGGUUGAACUUAAAAACAUUUGUCUUUAUUCAUUGGGAAUCGAAUGUAGCUGCAUUAGUAUGGACACGCGGACAGUUUUUAACUUUGAUUUUGUAUGCAACCCGUU